AUGGGAAGCUGCGAGAGCAAGACCAUCAAUGAUGCUGAGAUCGUUGUUGACACCACCAGGCCGGGGAAUCCCAGGAUGCAAACCAUGUCCUUGACGAGCACGGAGAAGAUGGGUUGGAUUCCAGAUAUCCCAGAUCAUCGUGACUUGCACAUGACCUUUUCCACCACCAAGGAGGCUUCCAAGGAGAUCAAGAAGAAGAGCGAGGGAUCCAAGGAGGUAGUGGAUCUGCGUCCGCAGAACGGUGGCUUCCCCAUCUUCAACCAGGGCCACUUGGGCAGCUGUACGGCAAAUGCCUUGGCAGCUGCUUAUCACUUCACCCUGCACAAGCAGAAUGUGGAGAACCAUGCGGAUUUCAAGGACUUCACCCCCAGCCGGCUGUUCAUCUACUACAAUGAGAGGUACAUGGAGGGCAGCGUAGACCGUGAUGCGGGUGCUAUGAUUCGUGACGGAAUCAAAUGCAUGGAGAAGCUCGGUGUGUGCCCAGAGGCUGUCUGGAAGUAUGACGACAAGAACGGCUUCUUCAAGGAACAGCCCGACAAGAAAUCCUAUGAGCUCGCGUCCAAGUGCCGAGUGAAGGGCUAUGCUCACGUGGCACAGGACUUGUCUCAGAUGAAGGCCUGCAUCAAGAACGGAUAUCCCUUUGUGUUUGGCUUCACAGUGCUGACCAGCUUCAGUGAGGCAGCAAAAGACGGGAAGAUGGUGAUGCCUCAGCCUAACGACAAGGUCCGAGGAGGCCAUGCUGUGACAGCCGUGGGCUACGAUGACUUCAAGGAAUGCUUCAUCGUGCGCAAUUCCUGGGGCGAGGACUGGGGAGACAAGGGCUACUUCUACAUGCCCUACGCCUGGAUCACUCAGGAGAACUUGGCCCAGGACUUCUGGGCCAUCAAUUGGAUUGAAGGCUUCAAGGAGGCUGCUCCCAAGAAGAAGUGA